AUGAAGAAGAAUGGAGCAAAACGAGUGACUCAUGAGUUUAUCAGGUCUGUAGUGGAAGGAAGGCGGUCAUGUAACAUUGAAGCCUGUGGCUUUGAUGGUGGUGACUGUGGACUCGACAAUAUUCGGCAUUUACACCGCUUGCCAACCCCUGCAUCUUAUAACUCUACCUAUGUUCUUCCACAAGGUAUUAUGGCUGCAUGGAUGAAUAUUUCCUCACUGGUAAUCCCUGGUAAGACAGUGGAAGGGCAGCACACUGACCACCGAGGUUUACGCACUGCUGCAAUCAAUACCGCUCAGGGUAUACUUUUCAUCAUUUUCAAGAUUAAUGUUUCAGCUACAAUACAGAUUGAGUUAAAUAUUAUCAACAAGCAACAGGGAGGAAAAGCUGCAAAGGAGAAGGACCUUGUCAAAUAUGACCUGACAAUAAAGUGCAACACAUUUUCUACUGCAGAGAACAAACUCAUAACUGUACAGAAGCCUGCACCUAAGUCUCCUAUAUAUGCCAGAAAUUUUACUUUUGAACGGGUGGCUCCAGAUGUUUUGAAAUUAGAAAAAACUCCAUUGAGAGUCGGUGAAAUGAAAUAUGCUCUUGUUAAUGUCAAUGCAUCAAACCUUCCAAAAUCUCUCAUUUUAAAAGUUCGUGACUUGGUUGCUAUGUUUAAAAAUAGAGAGUUGACCCUUGUUGGGUUAAAAAAAAAGAAAUCAGAUCUCAUUGAAAAAUUUAUAAGUUCCAAUGGUACCCAUGAAUUAGUUUACCAUCAGAGUGAUAAGUGGUUUAAGGAUGAAAAACUCUCCUUUGGAGAGGUGAAGAUAAAAAAUGACUCUUCACUUAAAAAUGAACAAUCUAUAAUCAGUGACAAAAUAGAAAAUGUACAGCCUGCUGUACUGGGUAUAUAUCCCAAUAAGUCGCAAAAUGUCCAUAAGAAAACAAGCUUCAGGACAUUGUUAUGGUCUUAUCAGUCUGUUGAGAAGCUAAAUUUUGACAAAAUUAAGGAAACUUAUGAAUUGCCACAUUCCAACAGAAUUACAGAAUAUAAGAGUUUGACCCCCCUUGGUAAAAAACUAAAAGAAAACACUGGAACUUUAUCAACUUAUCAAGGCAGCUUCCCUUGGGAGAAACAAGAGCUUGGUUCUUUUAGACCUUUUAAACAUUCGGCAAAAUAUUGGGACUAUGCACAAGUACACACUGGCCAACGACGUCUUCUUGAUAUGUUUGCCGAAUCGCUUCUCCAUGUCAAUCGCCUGUACAAUUCUGAAUAUGGUUACCAAGCUCGAAGAGUUCCUGCUCAUAUGCCACAUCUGAUCAGCAAAAAUAUAAUGGAAAGUUUGCAGAACAGAUUCAAGGAAGAAUUUGAACUAACAUCAUCUCACAAGAUUAGACAGGCAAAUGAUAUGCAGUAUGCUUUCUCAUAUUACUUCUUUCUGAUGAGUGAGAAGAGGAUAAGGACUAUAACAGAAAUUUUCAGCAUUUUUGAUACAGAUAAUUCGGGUACUCUGUCAGACCGGGAGAUACGAACUCUAUUGACUCAUCUCUAUGAUCUCCCACUUCACUACAACAAUCUCCAAGUUGUACAUCAUAUAAUUAAAAAUUGCUCUGCCACCCACCAUGCCAAGCCAGUGACAACCCCAGUCUAUGAAAGAUAUGCUGAUUCUGACUUGCCAACUGUGAGUUUAGAGCUUGUGCUAGAGUGUGAACCAUUAACAACUCUUUUGAACAAGUUAGAGAAAACGGACAAAUACAAAUUUGUUCACCAUAAUGAUGAUGACAUUCAUUUCAAAAUGGUUACUUCAAAUGUGUCGAUAGUUGUGCACAUGUUAGAUGAAGUGCGGAAAAACCCACGGAAAUUCAUAUGUUUGAAUAGUAACCUAGACCCAAGAAGUAAGGAAAAUGAUUUGAUUCACGCCCUAGUCCAGGACACUUAUGAAUCGCUCUUUCCUGUGCCUUCCUCAUUUGAGUUACCCGUGAACUACCGAAAUCGGUUCCUGUAUAUUGAAGAACUAUUAGCCUGGAGGAAAUGGAGAGAUCUUAUUCGUGCACUCAUCUAUGCUUGUUUGGCUUCCUUAAUAUUUCUCACCUUGAUCAACUUUUUCAGUACAGAGCUGGAAGGCCUUCGUAGAAGAUGGUGCAGAAGACGACGACGAAGAGAUGGUUUUGGAGGAGUUCGGGUGUGAGAAGAUACUACACUUUGAACUCAUUAAUCUUGCUUUAAAUUUUGCUGUAUUGUAACAGUUUUUUUUUUUUUUUUUAGUUUUUUUUUUAACAAGUCGGCCAUCUUCUACCGAGGCAGGGCAACCCAAAAAGAAAGAAAACCCCCAAAAAGAAAAUAUUUUCAUCAUCAUUCAACACUUUCACCCCACUCACACGUAAUCACUGUUUUUGCAGAGGUGCUCAGAAUACAACAGUUUAGAAGCAUAUAUAAAGAUACACAACAUAUCCCUCCAAACUACCAAUAUCCCAAACCCUUCCUUUAAAGUGCAGGCAUUGUACUUCCCAUUUUCAGGACUCAAGUCCAGCUAUAUAAAAAUAACCAGUUUCCCUGAAUCCCUUCACUAAAUAUUACCCUGCUCACACUCUAACAGCUCGUCAGGUCCCAAAUACCAUUCAUCUCCAUUCACUCCAAGCUCACAUGCUCAUGCACGCUUGCUUGAAAUCCAAGCCCCUUGCCCACAAAACCUCCUUUACCUCCUUUUAUGUAUAUAUAUAAAUAUACAUAUAUAUUCUUUCAAUGUACCAGCCGUAUCCCACUGAAGUGCGGUGGCCCAAAAGGAAAAACAAAAGUUUCGCCUUUUAAAUUUAGUAAUAUAUACAGGAGAAGGGGUUACUGGCCCCUUGCUCCCGGCAUUUUAGUCGCCUCUUACGACAUGCAUGGCUCAUGGAGGAAGAAUUCUGUUCCACUUCCCCAUGGAGAUAAGAGGAAAUAGACAAGAACAAGAACUAGAAAGAAAAUAGAAGAAAACCAAGAGGGGUAUGUAUGUAUAUGCUUGUGCAUGUAUGUGUAGUGUGACCUAAGUGUAAGUAGAAGUAGCACGAUGUACCUGAAGUCUUGCAUGUUUAUGAAACAGAAAAAAGGACACCAGCAAUCCUACCAUCAUGUAAAACAAUUACAGGCUUUCGUUUUACACUCACUUGGCAGGACGGUAGUACCUCCCUGGGCGGUUGCUGUCUACCAACCUACUACCUGUAUACAUAUAUAUAUAUAUAUACUAUACGUAUUUUCUUUUUGGGUCACUUUUCCUCAGUGGGAAGCAGCCGAUAUGUUGAAAAAAAAAAAUAUACAUAUAGCAGGCAUGUGUGAGCAUGUAAGAUAGGAGUGAGUGACAAAUGGUUUUUGGGGCUUAACAAAAUGUUGGUGUGAGAGCAGGGUAAUAUUUUGUGAAGGGAUUCAGGGAAACCGGUUAGCUGGACUCGAGUCCUGGAGGUGGGAAGUACAGUGCCUGCAUUCUUAAAGGAGGGGUUUGGGAUAUUUGCUGUUUAGAGUGACAUCUAGACUGUUGUAUAUGCGCUCCUCUGGCAAGACAGUGAUAGUGUGAAUGAUGAUGAAAGUGUUUCGAGUCACCCUGCCUUGGUGAGAGAUGGCAAGCGUGUUAAAAAUAAAUUGAUAUACUGCUUUUAUUAGUUACAUUUGCACCAUCCUCUUCUUUCUGUUUAUAAGUACAUUAGCUGAAUAAUUAGGUACAGUGGCCAGAUUGACUAUUAUUAUCAUCCUUAAGACUAACCAGCAUUUUUAUUUUUAUUUUCUAACUUUUUAUUAAUAUGAAAUGCAAAUCAUGGUUGUAUAGAAUUGCUUAAUAUGUUGAAAUCCAUCAAAAUCACUCUGCUGGUCAUCCUUAACACCAAAUAACUGGUCACAACUUGUUAAUUCAGUUGUUUUAAAAUAUGGGUUAUUAUUAUCAUCAUUAGCACUAACUUCAUCAGGCAUUUCAUUGCACAUAAUGUCGUUUUCUCUGCCAUCAAGUGAAUUGAAGAUACCAUUUUUCUUAAAUGAUUUGCCAACAGUUUCAAUUUAGGUAUCACAAACCUCUGUAAUCCAUUUGAAUAAUGUUGCCAGUGACUCAGCUCUUGUGCUUCCUCCAAUUAUCCAGAUGUUUAAUUUCUUUCUCGUAUUAUCCUUGAAAGAUUUAUUUAUAGAGAUAACCAAUAAAUAACCAGAGGUUGUACAAGGCUUGUGUGGGGAAGAUAAUUGUGUGGACAGGAAGGGUGAAGCGUCUGCGAGUACAGUAAACUGAGUGAGGGGUAAGGAGAAGAGAAAGAGAAUGCCUCUUGCCACUCUCCUCCAUUCUCCUUUCCAUGACCUCCAACUUAGGGGUGAUGCCUCUUACCCAAGCUCUCUGGCAACCCACCUGUAUGUUCUUAUGUAAUGGUUGUAUGUGAAUAAAACUUGUCUAGCAUGAGCAAGUAAGCCUACUGCAGUGUAUCUCUAUUCUUAUGCUUGUCAAGUGUUUGGGCUGACUAUUUCUCUGUUUUUGUUACAAACAUAUUGAAGUUUUUGGUGCUAUUUUUACAUCUUGAAUAUUUUUUUUUUUUUUUUAAGUUUUUCUACGUCAGAACUAUUUGGCCUUUUUAAAGUCUUCAGAAACUGGUCGUAUCUCACCGAGGCGGGGUGGCCCAAAAAGAAAAACGAAAGUUUCUCUUUUUAACUUUAGUAAUGUAUACAGGAGAAGGGGUUACUAGUCCCUUGCUCUCGGCAUGUUAGUCACCUCUUAUAACACGCAUGGCUUACAGAGGAAAAAUUCUGUUCCACUUUCCCAUGGAGAUAAGAUGAAAUAAGAACAAGAACUAGUAAGAAAAUAGAAGAAAACCCAGAGGAGUGUGUAUAUGUAUAUGCUAAAGAAUAAAGAUUUUAUUUCUUUGCAAAGGUUACAAUGUGUAAUUACAAUUUUGAUUUGUUGAUUCCAAAAAAAGCCACUAUCAUGCCGGAGCAUUUUGGGCAGACUGAUCCUAGUACAUAAUAACUACUAAAGUCUAGACAAGAUAAGAGUGGUUAACUUUUUAAUAAAUCUUAUUUUAUCUUAAUACUUAAUAUUGGCAGUUUGGAGGGAUAUGGUGUGUAUCUUUAUACGUAUAUAUGCUUCUAAACUGUUGUAUUCUGAGCACCUCUGCAAAAACAGUGAUUAUGUGUGAGUGUGGUGAAAGUGUUGAAUGAUGAUGAAAGCAUUUUCUUUUUGGGGAUUUUCUUUCUUUUUUGGGUCACCCUGCCUUGGUGGAAGACGGCCAACUUGUUGAAAAAAAAAAAAAACUAAUGCGAAGUAGUAAAGGUGGAGAUUUAUAAGAAUAAUAAUCUUGAAAUUGGGAUACGGCCAGUUUGUGGUGUAAAUAUUAUGCAGAGAAUUCGAUUGUGGAAAUUAGGAGAAGGUGUGGAGUUGAUAAGAAUAUUAGUCAGAGGACUGAAGAGGGGUUGUUGAGGUCAUUUGGUCAUUUAGAGAGAAUGGCUCAAGGUAGAAUGACAUGGAGAAUGUAUAACUCUGCAGGGGAUGGAAGGCAGGGUAGGGGUCAUCCUUGAAAAGGUUGGAGGGAGGGGGUAAAGGAGGUUUUGUGGGUGAGUUGCUUGUACUUCCAGCAAGCGUGCAUGAGUGUGUUAGAUAGGAGUGAAUGGAGAUGAAUGGUUUUUGGGACCUGACGAGCUGUUAGUGUGAGCAGGGUAAUAUUUAGUGAAGGGAUUCAGGAAAACCGGUUAUUUUUAUAUAGCCAGACUUGAGUUCUGUAAAUGGGAAGUACAAUGCCUGCACUUUAAAGGAGGGGUUUGGGAUAUUGGCAGUUUGGAGGGAUGUAUAAUAGGACGGUAGAUAUAUAAUUGGGGUCCUGAUAUUAUAUUCUAUAUGGAGUUUAUUAUAUUAUUUCAGGUCACAUUUUAUAUUUUAUCUUUAUAUAUUCUUCUAAGCUGUUGUAUCUGGGCACUUCUGCAAAAACAGCGAUUAUGUAUGAGUGAGGUGAAAGUGUUGAAUGAUGAUGAAAGUACGUAUUUUCGUUUUGGGGAUUUUCUUUCUUUUUGGGUCACCCUGCCUUAGUGGGAUAUGGUCAGUUUGUUGAAAAAAAAAAAAUAUACGCACGCACGCACGCACGCACGCACGCACGCACGCACGCACGCACGCACACACACACACACACACACACACAUACAUACAUACAUACAUACAUACAUACAUACAUACAUACCUCAUCUUAAAGCUAUGUAUGGUUCCUGCCUCUACUACCUCACUUGCUAGGCUGUUCCACUUCCUGAAUACUCUAUGACUAAAGAAAUACUUCCUAACAUCCCUUUGACUCAUCUGGGUCUUCAACUUCCAAUUGUGACCCCUUGUUUCUGUGUCCCCUCUCUGGAACAUCCUGUCUCUGUCCACCUUGCCUAUUCCACGUGGUAUUUUGUAUGUUGUUAUCAUGUCUCCCCUAUCCCUCCUGUCCUCCAGUGUCAUCAGGCCAAUUUCCCUUAACAUUUCUUCGUAGGACAUUCCCCUUAGCUUUGGAACUAACCUUGUCGCAAACCUUUGCACUUUCUCUAAUUUCUUGACAUGCUUGAUUAAGUGUGGGUUCCAGACAGGUGCUGCAUACUCCAGUAUGCAUGGUGUACAGUGUCUUGAGCGAUUCCUUACUAAGGUAUUGGAAUGCUAUUCUCAGGUUUGCCAGGCGUCCAUAUGCUGCAGCAGUUAUCUGGUUGAUGUGUGCUUCCGGAGACGUGCUCGGUGUUAUACUCGCCCCAAGCUCUUUCUCCUUGAGCGAGGUUUGCAGUCUUUGACCACCUAGCCUAUACUUCGUCUGCGGUCUUCUUUGCCCUUCCCCGAUCUUCAUGACUUUGCAUUUGGUGGGGUUAAAUUCGAGAAGCCAGUUGCUGGAUCAGGUAUCUAGCCUGUCCAGGUCUCUCUGAAGUCCUACCUGAUCCUCAUCUGAUUUAAUUCUCCUCAUUAACUUCACAUCAAAUGCGAACAGGGACACUUCUGAGUCUAACCCUUCCAUCGUGUCAUUCACAUAUACCAGGAAUAGUACUGGUCCUAAAACCAGCCCUAGUUGUACGUGAUGAGGUAUAACACCCACUGUGAUACCUCAUCACGUACCAUGACUCGUUGUUGCCUCCCUGUCAGGUAUUCUCUGAUCCAUUGCAGUGCCCUUCCUGUUAUACGUGCCUGAUCCUCUAGCUUCUGCACCAAUCUCCUGUGAGGAACUGUGUUGAAGGUCUUCUUGCAGUCCAAGAAGAUGCAAUCAACCCACCCCUCUCUCUAAUGUCUUACUUCUGUUACUUUAUCGUAAAACUCCAGUGAUUAUGUAUGAGUGAUGGUUAAAGUGUUGAAUGAUGAUGAAAGCAUUUUUCUUUUUGGGUCACCCUGCCUCAGUGGGAAAUGGCUGGUUUGUUGAAAGAUGAUGAUAUUAUAUAUACUAUAUAAGAAUUAUGAAUAUUUUGGCAAAGAAGUCAGGGGGUUGAACUUUACAUGGUAUAUAUGUACUUGGAGUAUACCUGGAGAGGGUUUCGGGGGUCAACGCCCCCGUAGUCCGGUCUGAGACCAGGCCUCGUAUAGGGUUAUACUCAAGUAGUAUAAUAUUUUGUGUGUUUCCUUCAUGAUCCAAAAUACACAAAUAUGGUGUUACAUGGAUACCAUCAUUAUUAUUAAUAUUUUUAUUAUUAUUUAUUAUUAUUCUUUCUUUCUUUCAAUGCACCAGCCAUAUCCCACUGAGGUGGGGUGGCCCGAAAGGACAAAUGAAAGUUUCUCCUUUUAAAUUUAGUAAAAUAUACAGGAGAAGGGGUUACUAGCCCCUUGCUCCCGGCAUUUUAGUUGCCUCUUACGACACGCAUGGCUUACAUAGGAAGAAUUCUGUUCCACUUCCCCCUGGAAAUAUUAUUAUUAUUAUUAUUAUUAUAUUCACAAAAAAUAAUAAAUUCAAUAGUGAUUACAUAUUGUAUUGGACUUUGGUUUAUUGGUUAUACUACGUAUAUUGAGUCCUUUGAUUUCUAAAGUAUUUACAAGUAAGUAAAGCAGUAUGGCAUGUAGCUUUUAUUGUCUGCCAUAAGAUCUCACUUGCUGUACUAUUUAAGGAUGGUAUUUUAUCUUGUAUUAUGGAGAGGAAAAAAUUUUACUUGGCGUAGUUUAUGCAGAUUUAUAGCUGCAUCUUAAUCUAUCAUAAGUGUUACAAAAGAAGUUGUGUACCUGUGCAUUAAAGGGCAUUCCAUAUUUCAUAAUUGUAUCAUUUUAUUUUAAAUAAUCUUGUGCUUGGAAUGAUAGUAGAAUUUAUUAUAAUUAAGCAGUAGAGCUGCUAGAUUAGGGAAUAUUGUCACUUGUUAAAAAAAAAUUUCAUUCAUAGUCAUGUUUGAUUAUUACAGUAGAUUUUAUUUUUAAUGUUUAAAAAACUUAAUGGCACAUAUAUGUAGUGGUAGAUAGCUAAAGCUAAUUAGAAUAAUUAAAACCUGGGAUUUUAAACAUCCACCAUACACCAGGGAGGAAGGAAGAGCAGCUGCCAGCUUCAUGGAGUCCCAAAAGUCUAGACAAUACAGAGAACUUGCCCAUCAUUAUAUGUUUGUUCCCAUAGGCUCAGAGACCCUUGGUUUAUAGGGAAAGAGUUCCUUAGGGAGCUAGGCAAAAGACUCAUUAGGGUAACUAGGGAUCCCAGGGCAGCUAGUUUUCUGUUCCAGCGACUCAGCGCUGCCGUUCAGAGGGGUAAUGCAUGCUGUAUCUUGCACACACGCCCCAGCUCUGAGGAGCUGGAUGAGAUUUUUGCAUUAUGAUCAGUGAGAAACAUGUAACAAUAUGUACUAGACAUAUAUCUCAUGUACACCUCAUGUAUUGUAUAUGCCAUCUUUAUAUCAACAACGUAUCUCUUAAAUUUUUUGUACCAUAUUAUGUAAUAAAAUAUACCUAUUGGUAAAAAAGAAUGAAAAACGGGUGGUAGGGUAAGUGGAAUAUUCAAAUGGCUUCAAGAAGAAAUCCAAUAUUCUUCCUUGAAGCCAUUUUAGCCACUUCUCCAAGGCUAUGGGUCCCACAGUUUGCACCAGAGGUGGAUCCCAUUUUGUAACAGAUAUUCUUGAAUACUGUAUUUACCGGUAAUCUAGUUAUUAUUCAUAGGGAUUCCCAUGUUAUGCAAGUGGGAUGACUCGGAAAUCAUUCUCUCUCUCAAUGUUUUGAUCAAUGUAUAAGGAUAAGCUUAAUAUGUACUUUCAUUUUGCAUGAAACAAGUUUGUAAUGAAUUGGUUGGGAAAUUUAUCAAAUUAAAAUUUAUUUUCAGUA